AGCAGCGGCCGCUGGGGUGCGCGGGGCACCGCGGCGCCGCGGCGUAGAGCUGUCCAGCCGGCCCCGGCCGCCCGCCCGGCGCUUCCUUCUCAGCUCGCGGCCGCCUCAGCGAGAGCCGCCCGCCAGCACGUGCGCCGCCGCCGCCGCCCGCCUGCGACGCUCGGGAGCAAUGCCCGCCGGGGCUCUGCCGCUCGCCCGGGGCCAGCAGGCGGCGGGGGCGCGCGGGGCGCAGCCGGCCGGGCCGGGGCCGCGGGGCGGGCGCUCCCCGUGAGGCGGCGUGAGGUGGCGGCGGCCCAGCCGGGGCCCCGAAGAGGACAGAACCCGCGGCCGCGCCGAGCGGGGUGAGUGCGUCCGGGCGGCCGCUCCGCAGGCCCGCGGAUGCUGGCACAUGUGUCCUGGUCCUCAACACCCUUCUGUGAGCCUAGGGACCCAUUUCUCCUCCUUUGACAGGGACAUCAGUGGAGCCUUCUCAGACCCACAGGGGUCCUUGGUGAAUUUUGUCAUGGUUAUUUAAGGAACCUUGCCUAGAAGUCCCAACUUGCAGUUCCCCAUCGACGGGAAGGCUUGGACUCCAAGAUGAUUAUAAAGGAAUAUCGGAUUCCUCUGCCAAUGACCGUGGAGGAGUACCGCAUCGCCCAGCUGUACAUGAUACAGAAGAAGAGCCGUAACGAGACAUAUGGCGAAGGCAGCGGCGUGGAGAUCCUGGAGAACCGGCCGUACACAGAUGGCCCAGGCGGCUCUGGGCAGUACACACACAAGGUGUAUCAUGUGGGCAUGCACAUUCCCAGCUGGUUCCGCUCCAUCCUGCCCAAGGCAGCCCUGCGGGUGGUGGAGGAGUCUUGGAAUGCCUACCCCUACACCCGAACCAGGUUCACCUGCCCUUUCGUGGAGAAAUUCUCCAUCGACAUUGAAACCUUUUAUAAAACUGAUGCUGGAGAAAACCCCGACGUGUUCAACCUCUCUCCUGUGGAAAAGAACCAGCUGACAAUCGACUUCAUCGACAUUGUCAAAGACCCUGUGCCCCACAACGAGUAUAAGACAGAAGAGGACCCCAAGCUGUUCCAGUCAACCAAGACCCAGCGGGGGCCCCUGUCCGAGAACUGGAUCGAGGAGUACAAGAAGCAGGUCUUCCCCAUCAUGUGCGCAUACAAGCUCUGCAAGGUGGAGUUCCGCUACUGGGGCAUGCAGUCCAAGAUCGAGAGGUUCAUCCACGACACCGGACUACGGAGGGUGAUGGUGCGGGCUCACCGGCAGGCCUGGUGCUGGCAGGACGAGUGGUAUGGGCUGAGCAUGGAGAACAUCCGGGAGCUGGAGAAGGAGGCACAGCUCAUGCUUUCCCGCAAGAUGGCCCAGUUCAAUGAGGAUGGUGAGGAGGCCACCGAGCUCGUCAAGCACGAAGCCAUCUCGGACCAGACCUCUGGGGAGCCCCCGGAGCCCAGCAGCAGCAACGGGGAGCCCCUAGUGGGGCGCGGCCUCAAGAAACAGUGGUCCACAUCCUCCAAGUCGUCUCGGUCAUCCAAGCGGGGAGCGAGUCCUUCCCGCCACAGCAUCUCAGAGUGGAGGAUGCAGAGUAUUGCCAGGGACUCGGAUGAGAGCUCAGAUGAUGAGUUCUUCGAUGCGCACGAGGACCUGUCCGACACAGAGGAAAUGUUCCCCAAGGACAUCAGCAAGUGGAGCUCCAAUGACCUCAUGGACAAGAUCGAGAGCCCAGAGCCGGAAGACACACAAGAUGGUCUGUACCGCCAGGGUGCCCCUGAGUUCAGGGUGGCCUCCAGUGUGGAGCAGCUGAACAUCAUAGAGGACGAGGUUAGCCAGCCGCUGGCUGCACCGCCCUCCAAGAUCCACGUGCUGCUACUGGUGCUGCAUGGAGGCACCAUCCUGGACACAGGCGCCGGGGACCCCAGCUCCAAGAAGGGCGAUGCUAACACCAUCGCCAACGUGUUCGACACCGUCAUGCGCGUGCACUACCCCAGCACCCUGGGCCGCCUUGCCAUCCGCCUGGUGCCCUGCCCACCCGUCUGCUCUGACGCCUUUGCCCUGGUCUCCAACCUCAGCCCCUACAGCCAUGACGAAGGCUGUCUGUCCAGCAGUCAGGACCACAUUCCCCUGGCUGCCCUCCCCCUGCUGGCCACCUCCUCCCCCCAGUACCAGGAGGCGGUUGCCACAGUGAUUCAGCGAGCCAACCUUGCCUAUGGGGACUUCAUCAAGUCCCAGGAGGGCAUGACCUUCAAUGGGCAGGUCUGCCUGAUUGGGGACUGCGUCGGGGGCAUCCUGGCAUUUGAUGCCCUGUGCUACAGCAACCAGCCGGUGUCUGAGAGUCAGAGCAGCAGCCGCCGGGGCAGCGUGGUCAGCAUGCAGGACAAUGACCUGCUGUCCCCGGGCAUCCUGGUGAAUGCAGCACACUGCUCCGGUGGUGGCGGUGGCGGCGGUGGCGGUGGUGGCAGCAGUGGUGGUGGUGGCAGUAGUGGUGGCUCCAGCCUGGAGAGCAGUCGGCACCUGAGCCGAAGCAACGUCGACAUCCCCCGCAGCAACGGCACCGAGGACCCCAAAAGGCAACUGCCCCGCAAGAGGAGCGACUCAUCCACCUACGAGCUGGAUACCAUCCAGCAGCACCAGGCCUUCCUGUCCAGCCUCCAUGCCAGCGUGCUGAGGACUGAGCCCUGCUCACGCCAUUCCAGCAGCUCCACCAUGCUGGAUGGCACAGGUGCCCUGGGCAGGUUUGACUUUGAGAUCACCGACCUCUUCCUCUUCGGGUGCCCGCUGGGGCUGGUCCUGGCCUUGAGGAAGACUGUCAUCCCAGCCCUGGAUGUUUUCCAGCUGCGGCCAGCCUGCCAGCAAGUCUACAACCUCUUCCACCCCGCGGACCCGUCAGCUUCACGCCUGGAGCCGCUGCUGGAACGGCGCUUUCACGCCCUGCCACCUUUCAGCGUCCCGCGCUACCAACGCUACCCGCUGGGGGAUGGCUGCUCCACGCUGCUGGUCGAGACCGUGCAGAGAAACCCCGAGCUGGUCCUGGAGGGCGGCCCCCUGGCCCCUCUCCCCCACGGGGACGGCUUCCUGGAAACCAGUAUGCCUGUUCCCGCGCCCACCUGGCAAGACGGGCCCCGCCCGGGCUGUGCCGAGUCGGAUGUGCUCCAGACCCACAAUGCAGCCUUCCAAGAGCAUGGCGCCCCCUCCUCGCCGGGCACUGCCCCUGCCAGUCGUGGCUUCCGCCGAGCCAGUGAGAUCAGCAUCGCCAGCCAGGUGUCAGGCAUGGCUGAGAGCUACACGGCAUCCAGCAUCGCCCAGAUCGCUGCAAAAUGGUGGGGCCAGAAGCGGAUCGACUACGCCCUGUACUGCCCUGACGCCCUCACGGCCUUCCCCACGGUGGCUCUGCCUCACCUCUUCCACGCCAGCUACUGGGAGUCAACAGACGUGGUCUCCUUUCUGCUGAGACAGGUCAUGAGGCAUGACAACUCCAGCAUCUUGGAGCUGGAUGGCAAGGAAGUGUCGGUGUUCACCCCCUCAAAGCCAAGGGAGAAGUGGCAGCGCAAGCGGACCCACGUGAAGCUGCGGAACGUGACGGCCAACCACCGGAUCAAUGAUGCCCUUGCCAAUGAGGAUGGCCCCCAGGUUCUGACGGGCAGGUUCAUGUAUGGGCCCCUGGACAUGGUCACCCUGACUGGGGAGAAGGUGGAUGUGCACAUCAUGACCCAGCCGCCCUCAGGCGAGUGGCUCUACCUGGAUACGCUGGUGACCAACAACAGUGGGCGUGUCUCCUACACCAUCCCUGAGUCGCACCGCCUGGGCGUGGGUGUCUACCCUAUCAAGAUGGUGGUCAGGGGAGACCACACGUUUGCCGACAGCUACAUCACCGUGCUGCCCAAGGGCACAGAGUUCGUGGUCUUCAGCAUCGAUGGUUCCUUUGCCGCUAGCGUGUCCAUCAUGGGCAGCGACCCCAAGGUGCGGGCCGGGGCCGUGGACGUGGUGCGGCACUGGCAGGACCUGGGCUACCUCAUCAUCUACGUGACGGGCCGGCCCGACAUGCAGAAGCAGCGGGUGGUGGCGUGGCUGGCCCAGCACAACUUCCCCCAUGGCGUGGUGUCCUUCUGUGACGGCCUGGUGCAUGACCCGCUGCGGCACAAGGCCAACUUCCUGAAGCUGCUCAUCUCCGAGCUGCACCUGCGCGUGCACGCGGCCUAUGGCUCCACCAAGGACGUGGCGGUCUACAGCGCCAUUAGCCUGUCCCCCAUGCAGAUCUACAUCGUGGGCCGGCCCACCAAGAAGCUGCAGCAGCAGUGCCAGUUCAUCACGGAUGGCUACGCGGCCCACCUGGCGCAGCUGAAGUACAGCCACCGGGCGCGGCCCGCUCGCAACACGGCCACCCGCAUGGCGCUGCGCAAGGGCAGCUUCGGCCUGCCCGGCCAGGGCGACUUUCUGCGCUCCCGGAACCACCUGCUUCGCACCAUCUCGGCCCAGCCCAGCGGGCCCAGCCACCGGCACGAGCGGACACAGAGCCAGGCGGAUGGCGAGCAGCGGGGCCAGCGCAGCAUGAGUGUGGCGGCCGGCUGCUGGGGCCGCGCCAUGACUGGCCGCCUGGAGCCGGGGGCGGCCGCGGGCCCCAAGUAGGGCACCGUGAGUGCAGCGCGGGGUCUCCAUGGUGCUAGGCCAGGGUGGCCAGCCCCGCCAGGAGGCCUGGCCUGGGCACACGCACUGACGUGGGCCUAGGAGAUUGUCCCAGGGCCUUGUGGAGGACACGGGCCGCACCACACAGUGCUCCCUGCCCUGCCUCACGUCCUCGGGCCUGACGGGUCCGGCUUGUCAUGGAAGCUGGCAGGGACCACCAGCCCCAGGAUGGCAGAGGGACCAGAACCUCCCACUCAGACUGGCCCGGGAGGCUCUCCCAGACAUUUUGCCCUGUGUGGAUCUCCAAGUGUCCUGGUGCCAGGUGUGGGCCCAGGCCCAGCCUGCCACUUCCCCAUCCACUGGCCACCCUCACUCCCAGGUCCCCUCCCAUUUGGUAGCAGCUCCAACAGGGGUCCAGCCUGCAUCUUGUUAACUCGAGUUUCUCAACUGUUCAACCUCACUGGUUUUGCACUGAUUUUUGAGAGCGGAGACCCAUUACCACCUCCUAUGGCUACAGCCCCGUUGACAUGCAUGAAACUCAGUACCUGCUGACCCAGGACCUACAACCACACUGAAGGCUCCAGUGCGGCAGAGCCUCGUGCAAGCAGGAGAGAAAGGCUGUAUCUUAAUUUCUGCACCCCGGACCCUGCCCACCUGUCUGCCUGCCCCGCCUGGAGCCCAGGCCAGUGUUGUUUCCAGCCUCAGGCCACGGGCUGGACGGGCCUGGCCGCCUCUUCCGCUCCCUGCCAUCAGUCAAGGCCGCCCGCCCACGUUUCUACGCCUUUCUACUUCUCAAUCUGAUUUCUAUGAGGUUUUUUUAAAUGAGCAAUCCUUGGCUGCUUCCUUUUCUUAACUCUUUCAGUACUGAGAGCAGCCCCUCCACACUGAAAACACCCAGCACUGUGACGGAGUCCAGCCUGGUUCUGGGUCCCGUGGGCCCUGCUCCUGCCCACUUAGCGAGGCGUGGGCUCCUUGCCUCACCUGGCCCCGGCAAUCCCACUGAAUUUCUACUCUGGGGUGGGUGGGGCACACACUUCGGUUUUUUUAAUGCCAAUUCCGUUUUCAUGCCGAAUCUAAGAAGCCACAACUUGCUUUGUCAGCUUCAGGGCAGGCAGCCAUGACUUCAUUUCUCGCCUGAACAAGGACCAUGCUGUCCUGCACGCUGGGUCUGACCGUCUGCCCUCUCUCCCCAGCACCAAGCGUGACCUUGGCUGUGGCGCUCAACGGCCAGCUCCGGCGGCCCCUCUGCUGCUCCUCGGCUUUCCCGGAAGUGGGAGAGCCUGCCUGGCCUCGGCCUUUGUCCAGUGACCAGGCUCUGUCCCCGAGAAGCUACGGCCGACCUGGGUCUGGUGUUGGGACGCAUGGACCGGGCUGGGGAGGUGCACAGAGUGAUGUUAACUUUUUCCCGUGUGUAGAUAUGUACAGCCAAAGGGUCGUGUAAAUGUUCUGCAAAAGUGGGUCUAUACAGAGUGAAAGCUAUUUAUUUUGUGCAGAGAAAAAUGUCUGGAGGGAUGGAACCUUCAGGGUUUAUUCAUAUUUAAGAUGUAGCUUUUUGUUGUUGUUUCAGGCAUUAUGUAUAAAGCGACGAUUAUUUUAUGGACCAAGUUUUCAUGUAACUGUUGCAGUGAAAGUGCAAUAUCUGACCCCCCUGCUCCCAGCGGGAAGUCGCUUGGCCCGACAAUCACAGCCCCUGUCAGGGGCCCUGUGGCCAGUGCCUCCUCCUCUCUUGGCCCCACCUUAUCCUGUCUUGCCUGCUGCCUGGGAGACCAGCCAUCCAGAGAAGCACCUGGAAGAGUCUCGGGCCCUCCUGCAAUAAAGGCCGGGAGGCCCUGUGGGCAGUGGGCUCAGCCUCUCCCCAGGGGGGCAGCUCCCCCACGGCUCCUCACUCCCCGCCUGCCUGCCCAGCCGCCAGCCAUGCCAAGGACAACAGCAAUAGUCCCCUGGGGCUCUCCCAGCGGCCCUCAGCCAUAGAUGGCAAGGUGGGCAGCCUGCCCCGCCAUGGGAAGUCUCUUCUGUAUCCAGGUCUGCUUUCCACCUCCCUUCAGAUUCCUUUUGGCACAUUCUCCUCUUGAGGAAGUACCAGUCUUUCUGAAACUAAGAGAGGGAGGGCAGCGUCCUUUAAAAAUACCAAAAAUGUUUACAGAGUUGGGUGCUGAGCUGCAGGGCUCAGGCCUGACCAGUCAUAACCAAAGGGUGAGGCAGGCCUUGCUGACUGCCACCCCCCAGGCCUGUUAGAAUAGAAGCCUUAGUCCCACUCCCACCACACCCCCACGCCCCACCACCUGCCUUCUCUUUGAUUUCUAAAGAGGGAUUCAGCAGAGACCCCCCACCCCUCCCUGGCUCGGUCUGAGUCCCACUGCCCACCCCAUCACAGCCUUCACGUCUCAGCCCCUCCCGUCUGGUCUGUCCGUGUGCCGUCUGUUUCUCUGGGCCAUGUGUGAGCAGUGUCCCCAUCUCCCCAUCCGUCCCUGCUGUCCCCGCAUCAUUGGGCCUGAGUGUGCUCUGUAUACAACGUCAUGUCUGUUACACCAAUUAAAGAAGCAGGAAGGCUUC